AUGUUGGACUAUCGCAGCAACGUCAGCAAUGACUCUACACAAGCUGGGCAUAGAAGCCAGGGGCAUCACCACCAGACUCAACACAGUCAUGAAGAAGGAUCAAACAGGGUCCCACAUCGUGGUGCCGGUUCUGCGUCAAUGUCGUCCAUUAUGAACACAAAUCACCAGAGGGAAAGCGAAACCUCUAGACAACACAGCGCCUUUCUCCUGAGCUCGCCGCCCCUGGCUGCACUUCAUAAUUUAACAGAGAUGAAAUUUCCUUCGUCAUCGUCGUCUUUCUUAUCCCAGGAUUACUCGCCGAACACUCUCAAACAGAUGCAGCUGGCCAUGUCGCAAGCGCUGUCCACACCUCACGGUAUCAGCGACAUCCUCGGCAGACCCCAUGCCACUUUCGGUCUGCCGAGGCUCAACUCUGACAUCUACCUGGGUCACCCGGGUCGCUUUCCUAAACUAGCAGAGCUGCCCGGCCGGCCGCCCAUCUACUGGCCUGGGGUUAUGUCGGAACCAUGGAGACCGUCGGGCUCAUGCGAACGGAGCGACUCACAGUCAAACUCAAUGAUCCUAGACAAGGACGGAAAGAAGAAGCAUACGAGACCGACAUUCUCGGGACAACAAAUUUUCGCCCUGGAGAAAACAUUCGAGCAAACCAAAUAUCUGGCAGGACCAGAACGAGCCAGACUGGCUUACGCUCUAGGCAUGUCUGAGUCCCAAGUCAAGGUGUGGUUUCAAAAUCGUCGCACAAAAUGGCGGAAGAAGCACGCAGCAGAAAUGGCAACAGCCAAAAAGAAACAGGAGCAGGCAGAAGAUAUGGACGACAACUCUGAACCAGAAGACGAAAAUGUUGACCAGGAUUUGAAAGCAGAUUGCAACUUUUUAGACGGUGUUGACUUUCACUGA